AGGUUUGUUGCCGCCCAUAGGGUGAGACAUGGACUGAGAUUAGUUACUCCAUUUGGGCACGUGAACUAAGAUAAAAAGUGGGUGCACAUGGGCACUCCCCCCACCUAGUGAGGCCCAUAUUCCAUCACCAUUACCAACCUCUCAAAUUCCAUUAAAAAAAUUACACCUCUCCCCUCUUUUCUCUCUCUCUCUCUCUCUCUUUCUCUCUCCAAAACCCACAACAAUCUCAUCUUUUUCUUCAUUUCUAUCACCACGAAAAACAAACCAAACAAAAUAAAAACACCACAAUUCAUUUCUCUCCUCACCACCACCGCCAACAGACAUGGCUCAGAAGAGAGAGAAAGAAGAGACCGAGCUCAAGGUCCCCACGCCCAUCCCCACCCCUCCGAAGCUCGAUCCAACCUCCACCUCGGCCAGAUCGUCGGUCACGGAUCAAGCGAUUCGAUCGGCGCCUGGAUCGGACAGAUCGGGUCCGGAUUCGGAUCCGGACGCGGUAAUCGCUCCUCCUCCUCCUACUCCCACGCGGCGACGGCAGCAGACGGCGGCUGCAGAGGCGGCGGAGAGGAGGGAGGUGAAUCGGUGCUCCGGUUGCCGGCGGAAGGUCGGGUUGACCGGAUUCAGGUGUAGGUGCGGGGAUCUGUUCUGUUCGGAGCACCGGUACUCCGAUCGGCACGACUGUAGCUACGAUUACAAGGCCGCCGGCCGGGAGGCGAUAGAGCGAGAGAAUCCCGUGGUCAGACCGGCCAAAAUCCUCAAGGUCUGAAGAAGGAAGAAAUUAUUCGUAGAAGAGAAGACGUAGAUCAAAAGAUCAAAAAAAAAAAUUAUUCGUGUUUUUUUUUUCCUCCAUAGGAUUCUCUUGGCCGGGUGGAACCGGGGGGUGUUGAUUGUUGGUUGGGCCUGGGGUAUGUUGAUGUAAAAUUAGGGGAAAGAGUGAGGGUGUUAUGGUCAUUUGAAUUUGUUGUUCGUAAUGGAUUUUUAUUUCUCUAUUUAAAAACGAAA